CCUAAACAAAAUCUAGGGUUUUGUUUUCUCUGAAACUCAAUAGCUGCUGCGGGUAGAAGAAAUCUUCAUCGCCAUCUCCAGAAGCUUCAAAACUUCAACCAGGUAAAAUGGCACCCACAGCCCCCAAGAGUGGGCUCUUUGUUGGUUUGAACAAAGGUCAUAUUGUCACUACUAAGGAACUCGCGCCUCGCCCUUCUGCCAGAAAAGGGAAGACCAGCAAGAGAGUUCUUUUUGUUAGGAGUUUGAUUAGGGAAGUUGCUGGAUUUGCUCCUUAUGAGAAGAGAAUUACUGAGCUUCUUAAAGUUGGAAAGGACAAGCGUGCUCUUAAGGUGGCUAAGCGAAAGUUGGGUACCCACAAGAGAGCUAAGAAGAAGAGAGAGGAGAUGUCCAAUGUUCUCCGCAAGAUGAGGUCUGCUGGAGUGUCUGAGAAGAAGAAAUGAUGAAACAGUCCCAAGUGCCUAUAUGAAGCAGAGUACCAUUUGAUUUGUUUUUUACAGUCAACUUCAUGAGUCCAGGUUAAACUUCAGAGUUCAGAUGUAACCGUUUUCUUAUCUUUGGUUAGACAUGCGACAAGUAGUAUAUUUUGGUUGUCGACAUUUAAGUGAGCUUUUGUUAGGGUAAUUGACAAACUCGGUUGCAUACUGACAUUUUAAGUUAAUGAAGUAUCAAUUUCACAAAAACAAAACUUAUGCACUAGUCCUCUUAUAUCUCUCUUUAGUUGUUUUGAAAUUGAAUAGUUGGUUUCUUUGCCUG